AGCUGCGGGCGAAACCGGCGACCACGCUGGAUCCACAGAUCUGUAUAAGAAGGCCAGAUCCAGAGAGCAGAGCAGAGAGCGACUAUGCGAUAGCUUUUACAGGAAACUACGGCACACAGGGGCGGGUAACGAAAAUUGUGUAACAUAAUCAAGUACACAGGAGAAUGUAGCCUAUCUGUUGACCUCGGAUUAACAUACGAUUAAUUGGUUGUUGUAGGCAGUUAGCGCGCUUUAGGCUUAAUGUUAGCUCCGCUAUAUGUGCAUCGUGUAAAUUGUACAGGCAUAGCUGCGGUUGAAUUCGGCUCGUAUGCGUAGAGUUUUAUAGUCACGGACAAUUAUGGCAUACAUUUGCGUAUAACAUUUCAGUGUAUUUUAUAGCAAAAUAAUUUUUGUACAAUUUACAGAGUUUUUAACGCCAAUUUUAUUUAGGCUGCAAUUACAUAGGCUGCGACCGUACAUAUUUCGUUGGAUGGUUAACACCUUUGAAUUCGUCCUGUUGCUGUCUAGUCUCUCUGCCUUAAAACGAAUUAUAGGCUAUAUUUUCUGAAAGCAUCUCGCUGGCACAAUAGCCUACUUUCCCGAUUUAAAAAACAGUAACCUAAAUAAUAGGCUAUUUGUGAAUAGCCUAUUUAUAACCUAGACAAUUGUGCCUGUACUAUUUAAAAAUCAAAAUGGGAGUGGGUUCCGAAAAUACGGAGUCCACUUCGGUUCACAAUGGGGGCUGCAAGGAGGAAAUUGAGUUAACUUUGAAGCCUAGCUUAAACAGUGAGUUGGUGGUGCCGGAGGAUGGGAAUCACGCAACUUCAGGGAGAGAGACCUGGAGUCGGCGUCUGGAGUUCGUUCUCGCGUCUGUAGGGUAUGCGGUUGGCCUUGGAAACGUGUGGCGGUUUCCCUACCUUUGUUACAGGAGCGGUGGAGGUGCCUUCCUCGUGCCGUACCUGGUCAUGCUGUUUCUGUGCGGAAUCCCUCUGCUAUUCAUGGAGUUUGCCAUUGGGCAGUACACCCGUCUGGGGCCCGUACACGCCCUGGCUAAAAUCUGUCCGCUGCUGAAAGGUGUGGGGCUGGCCACCAUUGUCAUCUCCUAUGUUCUCAGCACCUAUUACAAUGUCCUCAUGACCUGGACCCUCUAUUACCUCUUCAACACUUUCGGGAGUACCCUGCCCUGGCAGUCCUGCAACAACACCUGGAACGUUUUGGCCAACUGUUCCACCGGUUUCCCCGGCAACUCCACGCACCUUCAGUCCGCGAGCCAGCAGUUUUUUGACCGUAGGUUACUGGAGAUGACCAGGGGGAUCGAAGACUUGGGCGGUCUGCGCUGGGAGCUGUUUGGCCUCCUUAUUCUGGCCUGGGCCAUCGUGUACUUGUGUAUUUUUAAAGGGGUCAAAUCCACAGGGAAGGUGGUCUACUUCACGGCCACGUUCCCAUACUUCAUUCUGUUCGCGCUGCUGAUUAACAACGUGCAGCUUCCCGGGGCCAAGGCCGGGAUCCUCUACUUCCUGACGCCCGUCUGGGGCAAGCUGCUGGAGGUCCAGGUGUGGGUCAACGCCGCCGCCCAGAUCUUCAACUCCAUCGGGGUCAGCUUCGGCUCCAUGAUCUCCAUGGCCAGCUACAACAAGUUCAGCAACAACAUCCUCAGGGACACCUGGAUCGUCGCCCUGGCGAACUCGGCCACCAGCUUGUUUGCCGGCAUAGUGAUAUUCUCCGCUAUCGGAUACAUGGCUCACAUUCACAACCUGCCCGUCGACAACAUAGCCACAGACGGACCUGGGCUGGUGUUUGUGGUGUACCCUGAGGUGCUCUCCACCAUGCCUCUGUCUCAGCUGUGGUCUGCUCUUUUCUUCCUUAUGCUGCUCUGCCUGGGGCUGGACAGUCAGUUUGCCAUGGUGGAAGUUGCCGUGACGUCCAUCAUGGACGGCUUCGGCCCCAGGGCUCUCCGAGUCCUCAAGCGCAAGGAGUUCGUCGUCCUGGUCGUGUGCGGCGUGGGCUUCCUCCUCGGAAUUCCGCACAUCACUCAGGGGGGGAUCUACGUCUUUCAGCUGAUGGAUCACUACACGGCCGUGGUGUCUCUGAUGUUCCUGGCUUUCUUCGAGGUGCUCGCCACAUGCUGGCUUUUUGGGGUGGGCCGCCUUUCCUGCCUGGUGGAGAGGAUGCUGGGAAAGCCCCCGAACAUCUUCUUCCGGUUCUGCUGGAUGGUGGCCUCCCCUCUGUUGGUCCUGUGUAUCCUGAUCUCCAGCGUGGUGCAGUACACCCCGGCCCGCUACGGGAAGACCUACCGCUACCCGCUGUGGGCCGAGGUGCUGGGCUGGUUCAUCUCCCUGGUCUCCAUCGUGUGGAUCCCCCUGGGAGCCCUGCAUGAGCUCUGCUCCCACAAGGGCUCCUUCCUGCAGCGGCUGAAGGUGUCCGUCAUCCCCACGCUGGAGCUGGACAUGGUCCACCACCUACCGGAGAAAGGCCAAGCGGACACGCCCGAAACCGUGUCCCUGUUCCCCACCGCCCCCAGCGGACCCCCCCACAGCGGCCCGAGCAGCAGUGUGUGAGCACCGUCGCCCCCCCCAUCCACACAGAACAAUCUCUACACGGGAGCGUCUUCUUUAAGCAAGCGUACUCACCUCUGAAUUACAUCACGUCUUUCACUGAACGGCCAACGACUCUAACCAACAGUAAGCUACGUGUCAAGCAUUCCUCCUUCACGUCGAGCAAUCUCCUGCUCCACGCACCCGAGCUGCUGAAUGUGUUGCGUUCGCUCAUUAAAUCAAGUGUCUGAACUUGUGAAACUCUUUAACACAUUUUCGGAGAUUGUUACUCUUGUGGCUUGCUCCAUCGCACGACGUGAUGAACGCAGCGAUCACACCCACAGACCGGAAGCAGCCCAUAAAUAACUUUAGAAGGCUUCAUUUCACGAUGCAAGGUUGAGGACAGAGCGCGCACACACACACACACACACACACACUUGGAAAGUAUCCAGGCUUUCAUAUCCUGUCUGCUAGUGGAUAUGAAUGUACCAGUGAAGGAAAUUAAGUAGCCACAUGCACAUAUGAUAAAAUGUGAAAAAAAAAAAAAAAACAUUUUUAAACCCCAAGGAACAUAUCAAAUCAUAUCAACCUAUGUCAGGUCCCUGGUCUCUUUCAGAGAUUGAACUGAUGCAACAUUUACCAGCUUUACAAAUGCGCAUGCAGGUGGUGGGGCUGGAUCGUCAAGCUUUUCAUAUAAGCUUACUGUGGCCCUCUUUUUCAAAAAAAAUAAAUAAAUAACGCAAUAGAGAGGAAAAGAGAAGAUAAAUAUGUUUAUUUAUGUGUACCAUAUCCACACGUUUAACAAACCUGCAUGUCUGGCUAAUUUGGGCGGCCCCCUAGUGGCUUCCCGAAGAACUGCCGGUGUGUUUCCAUAACGACUACAGUUAAUGGCUGUUAGCUUAAAUACGGUCUCGGCUACACGGGACAGCUCGGUUGGCUCGGGAAAUUAAAAUGUGUGCCAUAGCCGAUGACCAAAGCACGGGGAUAUUUUCCCCAGUUCUACAUGUAAUCACUUCAUUGGCUGCCAGCAAACGACAUGUAAAGGAUGAGCCAAUCAGAGAGCUGAAGGGUACAACUUACAAUACAAACUACCUCCAGCUAGCAAUGUUUGAAUAAUAUACAUUAGACUGCACUGAAUUUAUUAAGGGGUGUACAAGGGUCAUUAAUGACAUUACUAACAAAUAAUUACAGGUAAAUAACAAGUGCAUGUAAAGAAAAGACUUUGUGUAGCGUGGAGCGCAAAUUAUUUUCUAACUCCUAUUUUGUAGUCAGGUCAUGUUUAUAUUGCCCUCGAAACUAUGAGUGCCUUUGGUUACUGUGGUUGUCCUGGUGACUCUUAAUAAUUUGGAAUACAUUUUUAGCACCAAAACCUGUUUUAUUUCGUGAUCAAGGAACUCAGUCCUUGAAUUAAAACUUUGAGUUAAUAGCUGCUUAAAACCUCAAGUGCAUUAUAAGAAAGCUUUAUUUGUGUACAGGGAAUAAAUCAUGCUAAAUUCAAAGAAAAACGUUAUAAUUAUUCUCAGAUAGUUGAUGUGUUACCAGAGUUGAAUGAAAAAAAUAUGGUUUAUUUUGUAUAAACAGAACUUUGCUGAUGUCUGGCUACUCAAAACAAUGCUUUAUUGUCUGGGUCAUUUUGUAUUGUUUAUAUGACGUACACAAUAUGACUCAACAGAAAACCACAUGUUGCUCUUGCUUUGCUUUAAAGAAUCAGUGUGCUUCUGAUGAUAUUUACUGGCAAAAAAUGUAUGAAAUUAAAACAAAGACAGACACUCGAAUUACUGAAUCUAAUCAAAUAAGAACAAGUAGCACUUUUAGUGGAAAAAAGUUCCAUGUACCCUUUGGUACACGCCUUUUUUGGUGUCUUCUGUUGAUCAUCUUAAGUUUCUUUCUGCAAGUGUCCAUUUUGAAUCAAUUUACAGUUUUGUCUUCCGUACUCUAAUUGUGACCAGCAUAACUCAUAAUUUGGUUGUACUGUAAAUUUGUCAGUCGUGUCAUUGAGUUUCAAAAAUCCAGGCAAAUAUGGGCUCACAAUUCCUUCUUAGUAAAUCAGCCAAGUAUUUUUUUUUUCUGCGAACAGUUAAUAUAUAUAGUAAAUAUAUUCGAUGCAAAUGCAUUACAAAUGACACAAUUUUAAGGGUUUGGUCUGAUUAUAAAGAGGGCCUCUUCUACAAACCCUGCUUCAAAAUGUCACCUGACUAUUGUAGUCUCUUUUGACAUGCUUUUUUGUGCUAUACAAUAGCUUUUGUAAGAUUUGCUAAAUUCUGGUUUGUUGUGUCUGAUGUGGCUAACUAGCAGCUGAACAAGUACGACUGAUUGCUGUAUCUUUGCCAUUCCUAAAAACAACAGAAUCUGUGUGUUCUUGUGUCUAUAAUUUGAUGUCAUUGGCCUUGCUGUUUAUGACUGGUCCUGUGGGAGAAACAACCAUCGUUUUGCUAUUAAUCUUUUUUCAUCUCUUCACCGUCUUUGACCCUUGAACUUAAAACCCAGACGGUAAUGGGAUUUCCUCCCAUGACUUACCCCUGAUAGUGGCAAUUACGAGUCGGGCAUUAUUAUUGAAGUAAAAUUGUACAUCAUCCUAGCUCUUUCUAGAAGUCUCAGAUGUUUACAAACUUUUUUUUUUUUUUGAGCACCUUCAAGCUCUGGUUAAUUUUCUGGCAAGUCUGGAUAUUUUUUUGCUGCACUUAGCAAUUUUGACUGUUGGGCUCUCGUAAGCCAAAAGAACUGCCAAUUCUCGUGAAAAAGUCCAUUCCGUAAUGCAAAGUUCCAGCAAACUGACGAAAACUUGAGGCAAAAAGACAUGCAUUGGACAGAAGCUGAAGAUGAGGCAUUUGCUCAUUCAGCACUGGUAAGAAACCGGUCUUUGUGUUCCACAGUUUGCACCGGUGGCACCUUUUUAAGACAUUAUGACAAGUACUGAACCUGGUACAAUGUGUCAGCUCAGAUUAUUCUGCAAGAAUAAAUCAUAGCCGACUUGUGUACAGUAUGCACUUCGAGUUGUAAUGAAAAAAAAAACUUACCAGUCUUUGAGUUCUGUGAACUUUGAAUGCAGAAUUUGUGAAGGACUCCGACUGUUUUUAACAGUAAGAAAUGUUUUAACAGACUAUGUGUUAUCAAAAGAUAACAUGGGUGUUGCAAGAAAACAUGGGUGUUGCAAGAAAAACAAUCAGACUUUUUUUUUUGUUGGUUUAGCAAGCUAAUGUGCGAGUUUGUCCUUGUUUGUUCUAGCUCCAUGAUGAUGUAAAAGGAAACUGUUAUAAAUUAUUGUUUUGUUUAGUGCUCACGAGCUUGAAAAUCAGGCUUGUUUUCAAACCCAAAGGCAAACGCUGUUUUUGUAAUGCCAGAACACAAAUAGUGUGAGAUGUGUGUAAGUAGACUCAAUGGGCCCCAUUCACAAAACCUUUCUUAAAUUAUUCUUACUUUUUCUUUUUAAAAAUGCUCCUAUGGAAAACCAGUAUAUGGGAUUCAUGACACAUGUGCAGACCUUCGAUGUUGUGCAUAUCCCAGGUGUAUGAGAUGGUGAAUGCUGACUGUUUGUAAAUUAUACGCGCUAUAUAUAAUCCUGUUCAUGUGAUUAGCGUAAAGAAACAGAUAGAUAAGAAAAAAAAAUGAAUGCCGUAAUGUUUGUCGAAACGUUCUUACACACGGUUUACCAUCAAAUAUGAUCGUACGCAUGUUUCGUGAAUGAGGCCCAUUGUAAUCCUUGUGUGCAUUCUCAUUCAGUUGUAAAUUUAAGAGCCCCCAGUAUGCUUCUUAUGGGGGGGAAGAAAAUGUUUCUAACAAACACCUAAUAGCUAUCAUCAGAGUUGGGAUCAACUUCCAUUUUUUAAAGCAAGAUGAGAUGGUUUAGUUUAAGGAUUGAUGAAGGAUUUCUUAUGGUAUUGUGUGCAGAGGUUUUUGGUAGUACUGCUGUAUGACUAUCAUUUAUAGCCUAACUAUGCAUUAUUCACUUAUUUUGCUGUCAUUUUUUUGUGCUUUUGGAUAUAAUGUAUGUGUACCAGUUAACCGUUUCUUGUAUUUUUUUUUGUGUCUGUGUUUUUGAAAUUGUUCCCUUUCCAUUUAAUUUUUAAUAUAAUUGAAGAAUUUUCAAUAGUUGUGUAAUAUGUAUUUUGUUUUCAUAUCAUGAUUAAACUUGACUGGAAUAA